CCGGGAGCCGCUCCUCUCCCUCACCGUCGCGCCGCCGUGCCUAAACAGCAAGGUUGGUCCAUGUCGGGGUCUCCUGUUGUUCCCCCUUUCGUUUCCCAAAUUCCUUCCACCGACCAGUCGUCCCUUCUUCCUCCCGCCGUGCGCGAAGCAGAUAUGUCCCACCAAUCAGACACAUCAUCCUGCUCGGAUGAUUCCGAUGACAGCACUACCAUUGACCCAACCGGCAUAUACACUAUGGAAGAUUUGAUUUCUGAACAAAGCAUCUUCCACAAUUUGCUUGAGCAGAUCAAUGUGAAGAUCCAGGCCAAAAUUAAACCUCAGCAAGCUGGUGCAUCUCGCCGCGGGAGUAGGAAGUACAUAGUGAGAAAUCGUGAAGAGGGCCAUGAACAACUUGUGGCUGAUUACUUCGCUGAGCAUCCAACCUACACUGACGAACAGUUCCGUACAAGGUACAGGAUGAGAAGGCCCCUCUUUCUACGUAUAGUCCGUGCCUUGGGAGAGUGGUCUCCCUAUUUCACAGAAAGGAGAGAUGGCCUUAAUCGUCAAGGACUCACACCUCUACAGAAGUGCACAGUAGCUAUUCGUAUAUUAGCAUUGGGUUCCCCCUCUGGCGUCACUGACAAAUACGUAGAAAUUGGUUUCAGCACAGUAAUGAACUGUUUGGAGCAGUUUGUGGACGGGGUGAUCAACAUGUUUGGUGAAGAAUACUUGAGGAGCCCCACUAGUGUUGAUAUGCAGCGUCUUCUACAAAUGGGUGAGACCCGCGGGUUCCCUGGCAUGUUGGGAAGCAUUGGCUGUAUGCACUGGGAGUGGAAAAAAUGCCCAGUUAAAUGGGUGCGUCAUCUUACUCACAGUGAUCACGGUAUUGUUAAUUUCAUUCUUGAAGCAGUUGCUUCACAGGACCUCUGGAUAUGGCACACUUUCUUUGGUGUUGUUGGGUCUCAUAGUGAUAUUACCAUGCUGAAUCAAUCGCAUUUGUUCACCGAUGUCUUGAAAGGUCAAGGUCCUCAUGUGCAAUUCUCCAUCAACAGGAGGCAGUACGGUAUGGGUUACUAUCUUGCUGAUGGUAUAUACCCAGAAUGGCCUGUCUUCAUUAAGGCGAUGCCCCUCCCUCAAACUGAAAAGGACCGAUUAUUCGCACGAUAUCAAGAAGGGGCAAGGAAUGAUGUCCAACAAGCAUUCGGACUCCUAGAAUCACGUUUUCCCAUCGUGCGUGGCCCAACAAAAUUCUUUCAGAAGGCAACUCUAGGCAAAAUCAUGCAGGUUUGCAUCAUACUACAUAACAUGACACUUGAGGAUGAGCAAGAUAUGGCAAGUGCUUGUUUUGACUCGAAUGAAAUUUCAGAGAAACCGGUUGCUCCACUGUCAAACAUUAAAUAUGGACCUACUGAUCAUUUUGCUGAUUUACUUCGGAGAAAUGCUAGUAUUUGUGCAAACUCAACAGAUAACCAACUCCGAAGAGAUUUAAUCGAGCAUGUUUGGCAGCGAUUUGGGCCAUUUGGCGACACGUAAAACAACUAGUUGUAGUGUAAGGUGAGUUGCAUUGUCAUGUAAUUCUUUUGUACAUAUAAUUUUAUGUUUCUCUUUUAUAAUUUCAUUAUCUUACUCCAUUGGAAAAUUAAAUGUUUCAGUA